AUGAUCUCGAAGCCCUGGGAAUUAGGCGCAGAAGCCUGGGAGUACAUAGACUCCUUCCCUGCCGAACAACAACCCGCCGCCAUUCUCACGUACCAACGCUUCAACUACAACUCAUACAAAGUGCCCUGCAUUGCCUCCUUCGUGCUGUACGGACUCUUCCUCUUGCUUGUCCUCGCAGCGAGCCUCAACAAUGUCCUCGCUUGGGUCUGUCCGACCACGCAUUCAUCCAUGAAGCAAAAGUCGCGACUCGUCCGCGCUCACAUCUGGGAACACCCACUUAUUACGCAAAAGCACGCCACCGUUGUCAGCUUCCCCUUCCUCCGCUGGCUCACCCUUCAACUUCCUCUGCGUGGUGAGGCUUUCAUCAUCUUCGCCUUCAGCAUGGUCAACUUUGUGCCCCUCGUCGCGUUCUACGACCUUCUGCUCGGCGACCAGCAGAUUUUCUACCCAGGACCGACCAGCAAGCGGGAUCAGAUUCAACGCCACCUGGCAGAUCGGACUGGCAUCCUGGGCACCGCCCAACUUCCGCUCCUCAUCAUGAUGGCAAGCAAGCGAACGCCGCUCGCCAUCGUGAGCGGACUGGGCAUGGACCGACUGAUGCUGUACCAUCGAUGGAUUUCGAGGUGGUUCUGGGCGCACAUCUUCAUCCACACGGUCGUGUGGACGGUGGUCUAUGCCCAGAGCGAAGGCGUGGCAGUGAUGCUUGCCGACACGUACGUCAAGUGGGGCUGUGUCGGCUUCAGCGCCAUGUGCGCUCUGGUCUUCUUGUCACUUCGAUCUCUGAGGCAGCGAUUCUACGAGGCUUUUGUCAUGAUUCACAUUGUCAUGGCUCUCCUCGCCAUCGUUGGCACCUAUCUGCACAUCAAACUGGCCGAUGCUUCCGAGUUCGACAUCUUCCGAGUCAUGACCGAGAUCGCUGCCGUCCUAUGGGCGUUUGACCGCCUCGUUCGCUGGAUUGGUCGCAUCUACCUCUCCUUCUCUUCGCCUCGCCUCACCUCGAAGAACGACUCUUCGCUCGUCAAGUGUGCCUCCGGUCGAAUUCAAUCCUUUGGUACUAGCGCUGAGUACGCAAUGCUUCGCAUUUCCGUGCCAGCCAGCAAGAUUCGACUCGCUCAUCAGCCUCGCUUCAUCGGCGGAAUCGCAGCCGGUGACGACAUUCGGAUCACCGUUCCUCGCCUGCAGUGGGUCGGAGAGCAUCCAUUCACCGUGUUCAACGUCGGCACGACUGGGCAAGAUGCGACGCACGGCUACAUCGAUCUGUUGGUCAAGGCGGAGGCGGGUCUGACGCGAAAGAUCGCUCGUCACACAUCGACCGCCAACGAAGGAGACGAGAAGGACGUCGAGCUGGCUGGCGUCAAGAAGGGCAACUCGGACGUCGCCGUGCUGAUCGAAGGACCUUUCGGUAAGAUUCCCGAGAUUCCGGCGGCGACAACUGAUCUGGUGCUCGUAGCUGGCGGUAUCGCCAUCACCUUCUGCUGGCCGAUAUUCGUCAGCGCGUUCGAGGCUGCGAAGACAGGCAAGUUGCAGAACUGCAAGCUGAUCUGGAUCGUUAGAAAGCAGAGCACCCUGUCACUACUCGAGGAAGCAUUCGCCGACCUGCUCACAAAGAUGCAAGACGGAAAGUCGGAUCGAUGCCGCUUCACGAUGGACAUCUACGUCACUUCGACCGGCGAGUCGACGCAGAUGAGCUCCCUCACCGACUCGGACUCUCCGAUCAAAGAGAAGUCGUCGACUGCUUCGAUCUCGGCUGGACACGAGUCGGACCCCUCUGCAGACAUGUCGGACGACGUCGAGCUGCCUCAAUUGCCAAAGUCGCAGAACGAGGCUAGCAUGCCAUCGGUCGUCUUCGACGACAGAGCCAAUGGCGAUCUGAUCCAAGUAAGCCACUUUUCUGGUCGACCCGCUCCUCUGGCCAGCGCGCUCUUUUCGCACCUCGAAGAGGCCGAGCUUCAAGGAAACCAGGGUAGCCUGACGGUGGCGCUCUGCGGCCCGCCCACCUUGUGCGACGACGUGCGAUUCGAAGCUGUCCGUCUGCUCAAGCGGGGCAUCAACCUGGAGCUCAUCGAAGACUGUUUCACUUGGUGA